GCCGCUUUCUGUGUCACUCUUAAAUCGCCUCUCUAUAAAUAACCCCCGGCGCUCUUAAACUUUCCCCCUCCCUCUCUCCCUGAAUUCACAGAUCUCUCUCUCUCUCUCUCUACUAAGCCAAGAAGAAGGAGAAGAAGAAAAUGGAGGAUUUAAGUUCUAUGUGGAGCUACCAGGAGAGCAUGGACGAGGUAAAGCAGAGCCUUCUGUACAAGACCCUGGAGCUAGAAUCAUUCAAAUCCGAAGCCAACGCAAAAUUGAGCAAGUGCAGAGAAGAAAUGACCCAAUUGAUCGACCUCCUGAAACUUGCUUACCAAGAAAGGGACGACGCAAAAGCCCAGCUCCAAAAGCUCCUCCACAAAAUUAUACCUUCCGAAAUGAACCCAAUUCUGCAACCAGACAGCCCAAUCGUCGUUCAGGGGAAAGCCAAUUCAAGCAUAACCGAGUCCAACAGCCUCUCUGAAACGUAUAACCCACAGUACUCCCACAGCUCUUCCCCUGUGGAUUCCUUCUUCCACGACGCCGCGGCCGUGACCUCGCCGGAAUUCUCCAGCAUCAACAUGGCAGCAGCAGCUGCAGUUUCCCCAGUGGUUGCGGUUAAGAUUGACCCGAUCGAUGCUGUGAUUGAUGAACUCGUGAAGGGGAAAGCUCUGCCGCAGCAAGGGAGGCUUCUUCAGACUGUGAUGGAAGCAGGGCCUCUCCUCAACACGCUUCUCGUCGCCGGGCCGCUGCCGCGGUGGAGGAAUCCACCCAAGCUCCAGACUUUCAAGAUCCCUCCUGUUUCAAUCAAGGGGUGCGAUGGUUCUAGCAAGAUCCAAGCUGUUCCGUUGCUGCAGCAGAAGAUGACGCUGUUGGGUUCCCAGACUUGCUCUGCUUCCAUGGUGAAUUUCGCUUCAUCAGGUUGGAGUUUGAGCGCUGGCGGUGUCGGCCAAAUCCAGCCGGGAAAGAGGCAGAGAUUUCAAUGAGAGGUUUUUUUUUUUUUUUAGAGUUGCUGAACUUUCCAACCCCAGAAUUAGUUCCCUGUAAAAAAGGAAAAGAGAGCUCAGAUUCAGUAGAAUUUUAUCGCUGGUAGUGGUGGAUCCUGUAAAUGAAAACAUCAGAAUUCUGUGACAUAGUCUAUAGGAGCUCUCUCUUUCUAUUGUUAGCUGGUAGCAUUUGGUUAUGAUUUUCCUUUUCCCCCAUUUACUCUCUUUACCGC